AUGACCUUUGUGGAGGUCAUGGAGUCGCCACAGAAACCGGCGGCGGCGGUGCCGGGCGCGAGGACUCGCGCGACGCGGGUGCUGCUGGCUGUGGCCGCCCUGCUGCUGUGCGCGCCCAUGGCGUGGCUGGUCACUGCCACCCUCACGGUCAAGCAGAUGUCCUUGAGCCGGGUCCAGGUCCGGCUCAACUUUGCAGCCCUGAUAGACUGGAGCACCGAGGGCCCGUCCAUGUCUGCAGACUCCACAUGCUCCCAGGCCUUGGGAAUACAGACCGUGGCGCUCAUGUUCCUCACCACGGGGCCCAUCCCGCAUGAGCGCUCGUGGCGGCUGUGGCUAGACGGCGCAGCGGGCUGGCUGCCCUACCAGGGGCUGCCGGCAGCACAGGGAGCGGCGUGCAGCCCCACGCCACAGCGCUGGGACAAGCUGGUGUCGGCCUGCGCCAACAGCCAGCAGCAGCACCUGUACAAGCUGUAUGUGCACGCCCUGCCCAACUUUACAGGCGAGACACCCUGCACUGCUCUGUUGGUGGCUGGGGCGUGGGUGAUUGGGGUUGGAGAUGGGUACGACCCCGCCAGCAUCUUCCACGGCCGCCUCAUCCCGUACCGCGUGGUGACGGAGUGGGGGGACAUGUCGCUGGUGGUGGCGGAGCGCCUGCUGCUCAAGGCUGCGCUGCAGGAUCCAGCCAACUCCAGGUUCCUGCUGGUCAGCGACAGCGGCAUGCCCCUGUACGACCCGCUCACCUUCUACCAGCAGCUCAUGCACGAGGACAAGUCGCGGGUGAAGUCGUGCCGCGUGGGCUACCUGUCAGACUACCGCUGGCACCCAGUCAUGGCGCUCAAGGGCGUGCGGCGGUCGCAGUGGCGCAAGAGCAGCCAGUGGUUUGGCCUGACGCGGCAGCACGCUGAGCUGGUGGCAAACGACCAGCAGCUGUAUGCUGUGUUCAACCGGUACUGCCGUGGCUGGGACCAGCGCAGGGAUGUGGAGUGCUACCCAGAUGAGCACUACAUCCCCACCCUGCUGUCGGUGCGGGGCCUGGAGAAUGAGACGUACUGCAAGGGAUACGGCCUGGCAGCAACAAACUGGAGCUCGGGCGGCGCCCACCCACGCGCCUGGCGGAGCCGCGAGAUCAAACCCUGGCUGAUGGAGAGCCUGCGCACGACGGGGCUCAGCUCGCGGCUCCUGCAGUGCAGCAACGCCAGCACCGUCAUCAGAGAUGCGCAGCAGAUGUUCCUGCCCCUGCGCCCCGCCCUGGAGGCCGCCGAGCAGCAGGAGGCCUGCCAGCUGCUGCGGGGGGGCAGCAAGGAGCUGAUAGACAAGUUUGAGCGCCCCAUGCCCGGCGACUGCCCCCUCAUAGCCCGCAAGUUCCCAAAGUUCACUACGGUAGCAGUGCACUCGCUGCUCAAGCGCACCUGCCUGGGGGGCAGCCUGACCGGCAACUGCACCGGCAUCAAGGCGGCGGCCGUGCUGCAGCCCCGCAGUGCGCCGGCGCAGGCACAGGCAGCGCAGGCGGCACAGGGCGCGCAAGCAGCGCAGACAGCGCAGGCGCAGGCAGCCCGUGCGGCAGAGAGGGCGCGGGCGGCGCAGGCAGCCCGGGCGCAGGUAGCGCAGGUGGCACGGGCAGCCCAGGAGGGGCAGCAGGCAUCGCGGGCGCAGGCAGCUCGGGUGGCGCAGGGAGCGUUGGCGGCGCAGCGGCCGAUACGGAACUGGCGUGCCUUGCUGCACCGGGCAGACACUGUACCUUGCCAGCUGUGCGGCCACCGAGCUCUCGCCUCCAACGGUGAGGAUGUUUAUGAUAGCACUGAACACUUGAACAUUGCAAACACAGGCCACGUCGUGUGA